AUGAUACCAAGUUGUCGCUCUUAUUUAUUUGCUUGGUUCCUAACAAUUUUAUCAGGUGCGAGUGCUGAUUCCAACUUAACAAUAAAUUCCUACGAUCCUGAAUAUGGAGUAUAUAUUGGUGAAUUACCUGAUCCAUCAGAUGCAGAUAUUGAAGGACGAGUUUAUAUCGUAAAUGAAACAACUUUGCAAAUCAUAAACUUUACUUAUAAUGGAAAAGCACCAGACUUAUACUUUUGGCUGGAUCGAAAUAACGCACCAUCUAUUGACGGUCUUAAGAUCCCAACAUUUGAAUUUGGAAUUGCUCCAAUUGGCUCCUACAAGAAUGCAGAACGAGUUGUGUUGGUUUUACCCGGACUUCACAAAAUUAGCUCAUUCAAAAGUUUCUCUCUAUUUUGUUUUAAAUUCGAGCAUAACUUCGGUACAAUUCCAAUUCCCGACACUGUGAUCAUUCCGAAACCACAAUUUCUAGCUACCGAAUUGCGUGGGAGCCGAUAUAGUGUUGGUUCAGGGCCUAUUUUGAUAAUUGACAGAAGGACAAUUAAGAUUUUCGGAUUCACAUUUGAUGGUGAUAAAGCACCAGAUGGCUACUUUUUUGUUGGUCGAGGACCAAAUGUUGCACAUGAUUCUGGGGUCAAAGUAUUGAUACGUGGAAGAGAUACUGUGGGAAUGAUAACCGCAAUGAACGAGCGAUAUCGCGGUGGACGAGACAUAAUCAUAGAUUUACCUGCGGAAUAUGACAUUAAUCAUAUCGAUUGGUUGUCUGUUUACUGCUAUAAAUUUCGUGUUGAUUUCGGACAUGUGUCUAUUAUGAAUAUAUCACAGCGAAUACCUCCCUAUGUACCACCACAGAAACGAUUUUCCUUCGAUGAUAUAGAGCUUUCUAAAAUUGACGGUUGGCCAUUAAUUUCGCUGCUGGGAACAGAUGAUCGUUUAAAUUUCACAUUUCAGUUGGGCCCUCCAGGUGGUCGACGAGGUUAUCAGUUUAUGGCACACGCUAGACCAGCAAAGUAUGUGUGGUAUGUGAAUGGCUAUUUGGCUGAUAUUUAUUUGAAACGUGGCGUCACAUAUACAUUCAAUGUCGAAGGUGGUAAUGAUAAAUCCACAAGCGAUUUCUACAAUCCACUGUAUAUAUCAGAUGAUCCAUUUGGUGGAUACGCUAAAUUAUCCAAUGAUGAACGAAAACAAGUAAAAAUAGUGGCUGGACACAACCCAAAUGAGACUGCUGGUCACCUGUGUUUGUGGUCUCACGAUGGUGGAGAUGAUGAGGAUGCUGAUAAAUUCAAUAGUUUCACUGAGUAUCGGCAUUCACUUAAAUUAAAAUGUACUGAAACAUCCAAAACUGCAACUUUUCAUUUCACUCCAACAGCUGAAACACCCGAUACUCUCUAUUAUCAGAGUUAUUCUACAUACAAUAUGGGCUGGAAGAUCCAUGUUGUCGAUGAUUUACCGAAAGAUAUAGCAGAUUUUGUGGAAGAACCAUAUCAGUAUGAUAUCUGGUUACAACAGCAUAAUUUGUUAAAUGCUAGAGAGGGAUCGCUAUCUGCAUCAGCAUCAUAUUACCACGUGCUUCCAUCAAUACUACGUUUCGUGAUAUGCACUGCUUCUGCUUUUAUGUUACAGUGA